CCUAUGUUUACAUUGAAUUAACAGGGGUGUAUGAUUUAAAGAAGGGUAAAACACAAGUGGGUCAAGGUAGUUGCUGAGCGAAACUUCCAAAAUGGAUUUCCAAAACAGAGCUGGUGGAAAGACUGGCUCUGGAGGAGUUGCUUCUUUAUCUGAUGCUAAUCGUGAUAGAAGGGAAAGGUUGAGGCAACUUGCACUUGAAACUAUUGAUUUAAAUAAGGAUCCUUAUUUUAUGAAAAAUCAUCUUGGUUCAUAUGAAUGCAAGUUAUGUUUGACGCUUCACAAUAAUGAGGGUAGUUACUUGGCUCACACCCAAGGAAAGAAACAUCAAUCCAACCUCGCAAAGAGAGCAGCAAGAGAUGCAAAGGAAGCUCCCAUCCAACCUGCUCCUGUUAAACCAAUGGUGGAAGUGAAGAAGUUUGUAAAGAUUGGAAGGCCUGGUUAUAAAGUCACAAAGCAAAGAGUCCCAGAAACCGGUCAACAAAGUUUAUUGUUUCAAGUUGAUUAUCCGGAGAUUGUUGAAACAAUUCAGCCUCGACACAGGUUUAUGUCAGCAUAUGAACAACACAUUGAACCACCGGAUAGAAGUUGGCAAUAUCUUCUCUUUGCUGCUGAACCUUAUGAAACUGUUGCUUUUAAGGUGCCAAGCAGGGAGAUAGACAAGGGCGAGAGUAAAUUCUGGACUUACUGGAACAAAGAUACAAAACAGUUUUUCCUCCAGUUUCAUUAUAAGAUUGAAAUGAGACCUCCUCCCAUGAUGUCAAACCCCCGGGAUCGAAUGGAUGAUGAAGAAAAUAAUCUUCUUCCUCCAGGAACGCUUCCCCCACCUCCACAGAUGGAUAACGAUGACAUGAACUUUGAUCACCCUCCAAAUUUCCACGACCGAAUGCCUUUUAACCCUAUGGGACCUCCACCCCCGCAGAAUGGGCCUGGGGGUCAUAUGCCCCCACCUUUUAAUUUCAGAGGCCCGCCACCCAUGGGUGGGCCCCCAAUGAUGGGGCAAAGGCCCCCUAUGGGACCUCCUAUGAUGGGAGGUCCACGUAUGGGUCACCCUGAUGGGUUUAUGGAUCAAGGGCCCCGGGGUCCUGCCCCACCCCCUCCGCCAAUGGCCCCGCCUCCAGAUUCAGAUGACCCUGAAAACUAGAGAGUUUCCCCUUAAACCCCAUAAAGUCUGUCUGUAACAUCAAUCAUUUUUAACUUUGUGAUGUAAUAAGAAGAUUUGUUCACAAACAACAAGUGUAGAAAAUAUAACGAAUUUUGAAGAACUUUGGAACAAAAAUAUAAAAAAAAUGUAUUUUAUCGACCCCAAA